CCUCAACCUAAGCACCAUGCUGCUUUCUAAUCAGCUCUAUGUCUUUGUGCUAACUGGCUCAGUGCUUCUCAGUAUCUUCAGCAGUUUGGGAACCACUAGCAACAUUAAGGAAGAUCAAGUCCUAGAGGAAAACUUGACUUGGCCGAUAGCCCAGGCGUAUGUCACAUCAGGGAACCUCUUGAGGACGUUUAAAGAAUGGAAGAACAGCUCAGACCUAUUCCAUAAUGUCUCCUACCAACGCGUGGCUGGAACUCUGUCCCAAAAGAAGAAACUCCUGACUAUAGGACUGUCCUCCAUACAGGGAAGAUACCUCAUGAGUACUCUGCAGUCUGUGUACAAUGCUUCCUCCAAGGGCGAAUUGAGGUACUUCACAGUACUGGUCCACCUCUCCGAUCCUGACUCAAACUCUCUCAAACAGAUGAUCAUCAACAUUAACAGGCUCUUUGCCCUGCAAAUCCAGGCAGGGCAGCUGCUGGUAAUCCAUACCCCACUUGUUCCCUAUCACACCUUGAGGAGCCUGAGAACCAACAUUAGUGAGUCCCUCGUCAGCCCUGUCCUAUUUAAACAGAUUGUAGACUAUGCCUUCCUCAUGAACUUUGCUACCAACCUCUCCAAUUACUUUCUGUUGAUGGAGGACAAUAUCCACUGUUCUCCCAACUUCAUCACCAACAUAAAAAGGGCACUGAUGAUCUGGGAGGGUAGGCCCUGGGUGAUAAUGGAAUUCUCUAAGCUGGGCUUCACAGGCAAGCUCUGCCACUCCAGUGACCUUCCUCAUCUGGCCUCUUUCUUUCUCUACUAUCAGAGUAUGUCUCCUGAGAAGCUCUUCCCUAGCUUCUACAAGAUGCUAGCCCAGAAAAAUGCCAUCCAAUUUAGUCCAUCACUCUUUCAUCCCAUAGACUUCUCUGUCCAUGAAGACAACUUUUCUUCUAAGAAACCCUUUCAUGAAGUCAGCUCCUUAAAACCAAAGGAUGAGUUCCAAGAGAGGGACUUUGGGAAGCCUGACAACCCACCUGCAUUCAUCUAUACUGACAUGCAGAUUUUUAAAGACUAUCUUCCUGAGAAAGCCUAUAGCCUAGAAGAGGAUUUCUUUUGGGCCCUGGACCCUAUGGAAGGCAACCACUUGACUGUGAUUUUGAAGGAGCCAACUAAGAUAAGACGAGUGCAAGUUGUGACAGGCUCAGAAGAUGAUCUAGUGUUCUUACUUAGGGGAAAAGUAGAACUGGGAUAUAAUCCCAAUGAAAAUAACAAAGACUGUGUUCGUUACAUCCUACUUGGAACACUACAGAAUGGGAAAUUCGAUCAUAAAAUGCUGUCUGAAGAGAUGGAGAACAGGGCAAGCUGCCUGAAACUAGUGGUAACAACCACCCAGGACGACUGGAUUGUGAUCAAGCAUAUAAAGAUCUGGGCAGCCUGAGGAACAGUGGGAAGGAACAAUGAAGAGGUAAUGAGGGGCUCACUUUGGGGAUG